AUGAGUGAAUCAACAGAACCCGCCCACGAUGGCGUGGACGAGUUUGUGGUGGAUCCUAUUCGCGUGUCUCUCCUGGCGACCAUCGACGACGAGGACACCGCCUACAAGGACCCAAACAAAUUGGAUCGCAACUCUCUCUUCGAAGCAAAGACCAUUGACAUAUGGGAGACAGCCGGCCGGGGCGCGCAGAUUGUGGAUCGCAGUUAUCCGGUAUCGCGAAGACUGCCCGCAGACCUUUUCGAGGCGUAUCACCCUGCGAUACCACGCGGGAGCCGUCUGGCUCUUCGUCUCUUGUGCACGCGGCCGGCGCUGGGGGGCAACCAGACGGCCAAGCACGACGACCUGGGGCCACCGGGGGAUCGACAGAUCAAUUACCUCCCCUUUGUACCCGCGGACGUACAGGAGCUGGUCCAUCAAUGGGAUCUCAACCGCGAAUACACCUGGAUGAGACUGAACGCGCGAGAAGUAGGCAAUUUUCAACGCAAGACGGUGUGGAGUUUCGAUGUCGAGCCACCCAGAGCAGUCCGAAUGGGAUUGGUGAUCCAUUUCCCCUUUGUCCUCCGUCCAGCCCGACGAGCCAAAUAUCUGGCCGACACAAAGGGAGGCCGCACUGCCUCGCGGCGAUCGCUCAAGUCGACGUACAAUCCGCGCCGCGAUGACCCUUUCCUAUGGUCCUUUGCCAUGUCUCAUUCUCUGCGCGACGGCAAGACCCGUUGCCUCCUCGACGGGCUCACGGACUGGGCAAUGGGCGACGUGUCGCGCCGGCUGCUGAAGGCGUCGCAGCAGUGGUACCUACAUCCGUUGCACGUGCCGGUGAUCCUGCUGAAUAUCUUCUUCGACCACGCGGCCUGGGAGGUGAACCGGCUGUGCGUCGAGGUCGGGCACUUUGAGUUCCUGUCGCGCGACGCCCAGAUCGGCUCGCUCCAGCACUUCGACGCUAUCACCACGCAGCUGCAGUACGUGUACCGGGACCUGGACUUCCUGCAGUCGUUGGCAAAGUUCCUGCUCGAGACCAUGGAAUUUCUCGAGCAGAAGAUCUUCCUGCGCGAAUGGGACAGCAGAGCUGGAAGGGAUGACGGUACCGUCGUUUCGUACAGGGCUUACGUGCACCAGACGAACCCGCACAUGGAAGAGAAAUUGAUGAAUAUCUCACAUUUGAUCGACAAUAACCUGUCAACGUGCCAAUACUUACAGGCUAGGACGAAGGACGCUCUGGAUUUUAUCAAAGGUAAAAUCUCCUUGCGCGACAACGAAUCGAACCGGGAGGACGCCGACUCCAACAAAGCCAUGUCGUUCCUGCAGAUGGUCUUCCUACCUGCGACCUUUGUGGCGGCCAUCGUGUCCAUGAACUUUUUCGACCUGACCACCUCCCCGCCUCGCGUGAGCGGCUACAUCUGGAUCUUCUGGCUCGUCAGCCUGGGGCUCACGGCGCUGGUGCUGAUCAUUUACUUCUUAUGGCGGUGGAAGGGCAAGGUCAAGGCUGCGGACGAGCGGAGAGAGGCACGGUUGCGCGAGAAGAUGCUGGGGUGGGAAGAAGGUGGCGGCGGAGAGGCAAGUGCUGCGGACAGUGAUGGUGGUGAGGAUGGUAGAAAGCGUGGGAAGCGGAGGAGUCGUCGGAGACGGGGGACGGGACGAAAGGACAGGCGGAUGACCAGCGACGCGAGCGCCGAUGAUGGCGAGGCGGCUACAACGACUGAGAAGAGAAAGGAGAAGCCCGAGUUGGUCAUGUAG